GCUAGGUUGGAGUUGACAAAAAUGGUUUUAUUUUUAUUUUUCAUGUUACAAUAGGAUAAAGUUUUUUUGCAUGUAUUAAAGUUUAUUAUGCAUAGAAUUGAAAAAAGUUUAAUAAUUAUUAUCUAAAUGUGUUUCAUUGUUAGAUUAUACUAUUCAUUGGAUUAAAUAUAUAAGUAUAUGAAAAGUGAUAAUAGUACUUUAGGUUACGUGAACCGUCUGUCAGAAAUGAAACAUUGUAAUUGUAAUUAUUAUAAACUCUAUUCAUUCUGCCAUAUGGAGAUGAUAAGACUAUAAAGUAUCUGAAUCACUGAGAUAAAUGCCUCACAAGUCAUAUAUUAACCGAGAUCAUAUAACGUUUAAUCAUAACAGUAUUGAUACUAUUGAAUAUGGAGUUAACAAAAUACAUAAAAUUAUAUGUUUUAUUAUAAAAUAUUGAAUUUUUGAGUUCAAAUUUAUUCAUGUUUAUGUGUUAUGAGUUUAGGAAAUAUAUUAUUAUAAUCUUAUUAAGAUUCUCGGUCAAAUAUAUACUUUGAGAAUGAGUAUCUUAAAGAAAAGAUUAACUGAUUUCGAAGAAGUUUUGAAUGAGGAAGAAAUUGACUUAAUUAGUUUAAGGAAAUUAUGUUUUCAUGGUAUUCCUGAUGAAGGUGGUUUACGAUCAUUGUGUUGGAAACUAUUGUUGAAUUAUUUACCUUUAACUAGAGAUGAUUGGCCUGAUGUACUCAAACGAAAACGAGAUUUAUACAAUACUUUUAUCGAUGAUUUAAUAGUGAUGCCAGGUGAAACUGCUGUUGAUGGAGAGAGAGUUGAUGUUACUUUUCAUGAUCAUCCUUUAAACUCCAAUCCCGGUAGUAAAUGGCAAACUUUUUUUAAGGAUAAUGAAGUUUUAUUACAAAUCGAUAAAGACGUUAGACGAUUGUGCCCAGAUAUAUCAUUUUUUCAACAAGGUACUGAUUAUCCAUGUCAAGCUAUAGUAAACCCUAAUGGCCCCAAACGCUUACAUUCGCGUGUGCAACACACAGUACUCAGAAGUGCUAAUGUUGAACGAAAAGGUUUAGGAAUAACAAAGAUAGCUGUUUCGGUGAGAAAAGCACCAGAAGAUUAUGCUCCUCUAACUGAAGGUGGUGAAGCACAUUGGGAAGUAUUAGAAAGAAUUUUAUUUCUUUAUGCCAAAUUAAACCCUGGCCAAGGGUAUGUUCAAGGUAUGAAUGAAAUUGUUGGGCCAAUUUACCAUGCAUUUGCUUGUGAUCCGGAUCCUAAAUGGAGAGAAUAUGCAGAAGCAGAUACUUUCUUUUGUUUUACCAAUCUUAUGAGUGAAAUAAGAGAUUUUUUUAUCAAAUCCUUGGAUGAAGCUGAAUUUGGUAUAAAUGCUAUGAUGAUAAAAUUAAGCCAACAAGUUAAAACAAAUGAUCAUGAAGUAUGGUUACGUCUACAGCAACAAGACUUAUGUCCACAAUAUUAUAGUUUUAGAUGGUUGACAUUACUUCUUUCACAAGAAUUUCCACUGCCUGAUGUCAUGAGAAUCUGGGACUCACUUUUCGCAGAUGAAAAGCGGUUCAGCUUCUUGAUUCAUAUUUGCUGUGCUAUGAUUUUACUAUUAAGAGAUCAAUUAUUAGAUAACGAUUUUGCUACAAAUGUGAAAUUACUUCAGAAUUUUCCUUCAAUGGAUAUCCAAAUCGUGCUCUCCAAAGCGGCACUGUUAGCAGGGAAGACAUUGAAUACUCCAUAAAAAUACUCCUGAUUAAUUUCAAUUCUCAUUUCAUUCAUAAAAUGAAUUUAUGUAAAUAACGUUGACUCAUCAAUAUCUUCCUUUAGAAGUAAAACAAUAUUUGUGAACACACAUACAAGUCUAAAUUUUAAAAAGUGAAAUAAGUACAGUAAUAUUUCUUACUACUUAAACAUUCUUUUUGUUAGUAAGCAUAAAUUUAUGAUUUUACAACAUAACUAUCAUAGAUAAAAUUUAUGAAUUAGAUAUAACGUUUAUAUUUAUUUAGUUAUAAAUCAAAAAUUUAAUUGUUUUAUAUAUAUAUAUUCAUAGUA